AUGGCUGUAGACCGACGGAAGAUUGCUGUGUUCGGCGCGGCUUUCGUGCUGCGCCUGCUUCUUACAUGUCUUUUCCCUUCAUUACCUGAUUUAUUAACGGGGAGAGUCGAAGUCUCAACGCCUGUUAAUAGCUUCAAACGCCUACAAGAAGGCCUAUUCCUGUACACAAGAAAUGUGUCGCCUUAUGACGGUGGCGUCUUUCACCAAGCACCGCUCCUGUUACCUCUGUUCGCCCUACUCCCGGAUGCGAAGAGCUGGCCCUUGCCAACAGCAAUUUUCUACUUCCUUGUCGACCUCGUGAACGCAUAUGCAUUGGUAACCAUAUCUGCGUCGGGCCAAUCGGUCAAAUCGAAACUACACUCAGCGGUCCGAAAACACGUCCGAUGGGAUGGAGUGUCCGUUGCAGCAUGGUUUUUAUUCAAUCCUCUCACUAUUGCGACAUGUUUAGCGCGGUCAACCAGUGUAUUUACAACAUCAGGAAUCCUCUUCGCCGUGUCCAAUGCAGUCGGUGGAAAUAGCAUCAAUGCGAUGCUAGCCCUGGGAUUUGCUUCAUACCUGUCUCUAUAUCCGGCGCUGCUCUUUAUUCCGUUGGUCCUGCUAUGCUAUGACCGACGUUCGGAGCGACCAAGCCCACCCAAUGCUGGAUCUUUCAUUGUUCAACACGCCGCCCUACUACUGGCCAGCGUGGCAGGCCUGCUUGGUCUCUCCUGUCUGAUCACCGGCAACUUCUGGGAGUUUAUCUCGGCAACCUAUGGUUUCCAUCUUUUGGUUCCAGACUUGACCCCCAAUGUGGGACUGUGGUGGUACUUUUUCAUUGAGAUGUUCGACUCAUUUCGAGAGUUCUUCCUCGGCGUUUUCUGGCUUCACUUGGCCAGCUAUGUCGGGGGUCUCACAGCUCGCUUCCGCAACCAACCUCUAUUUGUCAUUACCUCGCUCUUAGGUGUCUUCGCCAUCUUCAAGCCAUACCCUAGCAUCUCAGAUGCAUCACUGUUCUUCGCGUUGCUGCCAUUAUAUCGCCACCUUUUCCCAUUGAUGCGUUAUACCUUCUUUGCGGGCUCGGCAAUCUUGUACUCCAGCCUCCUCGGCCCCGCUUUCUACCACCUUUGGAUCUAUGCAGGAUCCGGAAAUGCCAAUUUCUUCUACGCCAUUACCCUGGUCUGGAGUUUGGGUCUCUCCAUCCUGCUAGCCGACACCGUCUUCGCCGGUCUCAGAGACGAAUGGGAGCAAGAACACCCAGAACAGGUGGGCGCAGAGGUGCGACAGGUGUAAUGUAUAUUAGCUUUUGC